CUGAUUCGGCCGGAGCUGCCAGCGGGGUGGCUGCCGCCGCGGCUUAUUACAGCUGCUGGAGCAGCAGCGGCCCUCAUCCCCGGGCACCCCUCCCGGGCCUCGAGCUCCGACCCCGCAGGUUGCACGGUGAGGGCAGCAGGAUGAAUGUGGGAACGGCGCACAGCGAGGUGAACCCCAACACGCGGGUGAUGAACAGCCGUGGCAUCUGGCUUUCCUACGUGCUGGCCAUCGGGCUUCUCCAUGUCGUGCUGCUCAGCAUCCCCUUUGUGAGCGUCCCCGUCGUCUGGACCCUCACCAACCUCAUCCACAACAUGGGCAUGUACAUCUUCCUGCACACGGUGAAGGGGACCCCCUUUGAGACCCCAGACCAGGGCAAGGCGAGGCUGCUCACCCACUGGGAGCAAAUGGACUAUGGAGUCCAGUUCACGGCGUCUCGGAAAUUCCUGACCAUCACGCCCAUCGUGCUGUACUUCCUCACCAGCUUCUACACCAAGUACGACCAGAUCCAUUUCAUCCUCAACACUGUGUCCUUGAUGAGUGUACUCAUCCCCAAGCUGCCCCAGCUCCACGGAGUCCGGAUUUUUGGCAUCAAUAAGUACUGAGGGUGCAGCCCCUUCCGCUGCCUGGGACGGCAGGGGAGGGGUGGAAGCCUGUGCCGUGAUGCUGAAGACAGAAGGAGCCGCUGGGUACCGCCAGAGACGGGGGGCUGAGCCGCUGGGCCCUAGUUUCCCCCUCACUUCCCGCAGUAGCAGACCUGCAGUAGUUUGGGGGGGGCCCCCCUGGGGCUCUGACCCCUCCUGAUUUUUUUGAUCUUUUCCUUUUGCCUCAGGGGGGUGCUCCUGGAACGGGCUGGGCUCCUGGGCUGAGCACAGACCUAUGAGGUUGGGACAAGAGGCCAGGGAAGCCCCCUGCUCGCGUGCCCCUCCUUGGCCUGCUAAAGCACUUUAACCCCUGUGAGCAGGCCAGAGGGAACGGUACAGCUUCUAGUUUGUUUCACUUUAAUUCUUAAGUCUUUAGGAUGACACUUAGUGUGUGCUUAUAUAUACACGAAAGCAGUUGUGUGAGAGUGCCUCAUCCCUCUGGGUAGAGAAUUGUCUAAUUCAAGUCAGACAGCUCCCGUACAGCCCCCCCCUGGGGUACUAGGU